UCCGGUGCAGGGAACGGUCAUCAUGAAGCUGCUCAUCCUGUGUCUCUUGGUAGCCUCGGCCCUCGCGGCUCCAUCAACUAUUCCGCGGUUCAGGAGAGGCCACAGCAGGAUAGUUGGCGGCACAGAUGCUCGUCCUGGGCAGUUCCCAUACCAGCUGAGUCUCCAGGACACAACAUUUGGUAACAAUAUCCACUUCUGCGGGGCUAUCGUCUACACUCCUGAUACCAUGAUCACCGCAGGAACCUGUGUAGACGGAGAAAACUACUACAAUCCACAAAAUUUGAGGAUCGUUGCUGGUGAUUACAACCUUGCUACCGACGACGGCACCGAACAGGCGAGAGACGUAACUCUAAUCAUCCUGCACGAAGACUUCGACUACAACUAUGGUUGGGAAAACGAUAUCGCGUUGUUGAAAGUUGGCGUUCCUCUUACCUUUGACAAGUAUGUGUCCGGAGUGACACUUCCUGCGCAGGGUCAAAUCUUCACAGGAAACGGUAUCGUGUCCGGAUGGGGAACUUUGAGCUGGUGGGGGGAAGAGAAACCUGAUAUCCUUCAGUAUGUAAGCCUGCCUAUCGUCAGCGAUGACGCUUGCAGGGAUAGCUAUGGUUUUGAUCGUAUUAUCGACUCAAUGAUCUGUGCUGGAGCAGAAGACAAGGCCGCCUGCGAGGGUGACGGUGGCACUCCCAUGACGUGCGGAGAUUAUCUCUGUGGAAUUGGUUCUUGGGGAUCGGUUUGCGGGAACCCUAAAUACCCCGGAGUGUACACCGAAGUGUCGUACUUCGUCGACUGGAUCCUCGCCCACGCGUAAUGCCUUGAAUUGGAUUAGAAAUUAAAACUUAUGCCUGUGAAUGUUGCACAAAUUUUUGAAGUUUAAUUCGACUCAGAAUAGCUGCCGAGAUGAUGAAACUUACAUAUAUUAAACCGGUUCAGGUAAUAAAAUUAUAAUAUCGUUUGCUUAUUGUUAACCCCCAAUGUGCGAUAUAUUCCAUCAAGGUCCCAAUCAAUCCAAAAACUUGGGUCUCC